AUGGUACCUUCUGCUGACCAACCCGACGAAAUCGCGACCCUCUUGAGAGAAGCGGUCCUAAAAGUCACCGGAAACGCAACAGCCACGACAACAGACCGGGCCCCCUCUGAGAGCAGCAGCGGCAGCAAAACCUUUGAAAUAAGCCAAGCUGCCGAAGGAACCUCCUACAGCUCUAGCGGCGCCGCCCGCACACCAACAGAGAUGCCCUACUCGGUAUCCGCCGCCCUAGGCGAUCUAGCGCAACAGGACAUGGCCUUCCCCGGCGCUACCGACGAGCAGCUCCGGACGAUAGCCCAAGUGUUGGAGAUUGAGAGGAAGCGGCAGGAAGAGAUACGAAAGACGAAAGAGCUCGAGUUGGAGAUUUUGCUCUUGUCGGAUCAGAUGAAAGGGAAAGGCGUGCCGGCGAUGAAGCCGCCAUUGAAGCAUACGAUCCCAUCGCAUUCGAGUGGGUCGGCUGGGCAGUCCCAUGAUGGGAGGCCUAUGGGGGUCUCGAAUCUGUCCCGGAGAGCAGUAUCUGGCAUGCACAGUGGCUCUAUUCAGGACCUUCCAGCGGCGCUGCCGGGGACAAAUCAUGGUCUGCCAUACACAUCCCACCUCCCUUUAGAUGCACAUACUCUAUACCCUCCGGUCUCGUACACUGUGACUCCACCAGUACACCCCUUUGACGGGCCAACCGACCGAACAUGCAACCAAAAUCCGAGUCUUUACGAUUCGCGCGGCUGGGCCGGCGUAUCUCCCCAAUUCCCACAACGCAUACCUCUUCUCUCCAACAUCCACACUCCCGACCGUCACGACGUACCAGAGCACCAUCUAGACACUCAACAACAACAACAUCAUAAUUACCUGCCAACGCCACACGGCGGCCGAAAUGAGUUUACAGCUAUGGGCGGAUACAACGAUUUCUUGAACUCGAGCGACUCGACGUUGCCACAUGGGUGGAUGAGGUCGACGAGUGGGCCGGUGCCGCCGAAACCGUAUGCGCCGAGCCCACUGUGGAGCGAUCCUUCGCAUGGAAGCUUUCCGUCUGCUGGGCUGUCUUCAUAUGCGCACCACAAUCAACACCACCCCGACCCCUCUUCGAUUAACCCAUCACAUUCCUACCAUCAUUCAAUAUAUGCCUCCGGCCCAUCGGAACCCGUCGGUCCCUUUCACCAUGACCAAUCCAACCCCGCAGAAUCGUCCCGCUUUUCAAACACCCUACAAGUGAGGUCGCACCGCCAACAACCCUCACUGCCCAUCAAAUCCUCAUCCCAUCGUUCAUCAGCGGGUGGAGAGUACGCUCACCCUUCCCCAGCGCCGACUCAUGUCGGCGGUGGUGGCAGCACCGCGUCUGCCUCCAGCAGCAGCACGAGCAGCCGCAAAAAACUCGAAGAGCAAACCGUCUGCUGCACACGCUGCCGUCUACCGGUAGCCACCUUUCUCCUCCAUCCCUACGGCAAAAACGUCGAGCCAAUGGAUUAUGAUGUUGAACUCAUCUGCGCGGCGUGCUCGGACGGUGAAACACCCGGCAGCAGCAGCAGCAGCAGCAGGCCAUCCCGACAGCCCGUGUCGCCCGAAACAGAACCCGUGUCGUCGCCCAACCUCAGCAGGAAACGCGUACACGAUGAUCUGAACAUUGAGUGCGAGGUGUGCAAGAAGAAACUGGCGACCGGCGGGUUCAAGUUUGUCGGCGUGGAUGAUAUGCAGAUUGUGGGUGCCGGAGGAAAGCUCAGGGGCGCGGAUGGCGCGGUUAGUCUGGAAGCGAUGAAUUUCAGGGUGGAGCCGAUCUGUGUGAGUUGUAAGGCGAGGUAUCGGUUGUGUACUGAGUGUGGAGGAGGCGGCAAAUUCCGCACAGGCAAAUACCGCCCCGUCGAGCUCUUCGCCCCUAACCGUCGCACCUGUCUCCUCUCCCACAUGCGCAUGGGCGCCUCCCCUCUGCACUAUAAAAUCCUCACCCCUGCCGAAAUCAGCGAAAAGAUCCUCGCCGAAUCCGGUGACGUGCACAUGGACGGUUUCUACUCCGUCUACGCCCUCCCCGAAGUGAUCGAAAGCCCCGGCCUGCUCGACUGCUUCGAGCGCGUCGCGGAAUGGGCACAUGUCGGAUGGCGUGGCGCACAGCGUCUCGUUACCACCGAUGACGAACAUCGUGGACUUCGCAAAUAUCUCGCGUGUGUGUAUAUCGAUUACCCGCAGAGCAAGCUGAAAGGAACGGCUCUGAGGCGUUUCCAGAUGUCGCAGAAUGAUGGAUCGCCGAUGGGCACGUUCUGUGAAGAGCCGACGAACCCGUCGGGCAACCUGAACUACUUGUUCCCGCAAGGCGCCGGUGGCGGAAGCAGCAGCAGCGAGGGUGUCGCACACCACCACCACCACCACCCAACCCCAGAUUUCUCCCCCCCCGCCCCGCCCAUCACAACAACUCCAACACCAUCCCAGCCCUGGGACCCCACCGCGACCACCCCGAUCCAAGUCGCUUACUUCACCGCCGAGUGGGACAUGCAUUCCGGCACCCUCCUCUUCGCCAACGGCUAUGUCCGCAACAUGACCGUCUCCACCCUCCCCGUCAUCCGCGGCAUGUGCGAGCGGCUCCUGCAAGCCGCCAUGGCCGACGCUGCGAAGCUCGGGAUGCCUGAGAUUGAACAUCUUUGGAUCAUGACACGCCGGCAGCACAAACGGUUGCAGAGUUUCUGUCAACGGUUGGGAUUCAGGCCGCUGGAUGACUAUGUGAGGUAUCACCCGGAGGUCGAUCGGAAGAUGUUUGAGAGGGAGGUGCAUGUGCCGAGAGAGCUGUAUGGCGAGCUGGUGUGUAAUGUGAAGGAGUACCUGGGGAGGCAUCUUUGA